AAUUUAUAAAGCUAAUCUAAGUUGAUAGCGAAAACGCUGUUCGAAAAUAAAAACCCAUGAUCGUCACAAUUAAUGGCUGAGAGCGCGCAAUAAAAAUUAUAUUGCGACUUUAUCACAAAAGCUGAUGAGAUUCAAAAAAUGUUUACUGAGCUAUCGUAAACAAUUUGUUCAAUGUUAGUUCAGGAAAUCGUGUAAAUUGAUAUAUUAAAAAAUAGCAUCGACAAUGGACGAGUGGAAUGAAUUUGACAAAAAAAUUCAGACAUAUUUUAUGAAGAAGAAUCAAGAAUGUGGAGAAUUACAGUUUCUCACUUCGCGCGCAACAUUAGAAAACAUUGGUCAUAUCGAUGAUAUAUGUAAAUCGAUAACGAACAUAUUCGAGACCUACGAUAUACCUACAAAAGAUAAUGCUUCUGUCAGUAACGAGAAGUGUGUAAAGUCGUAUAAAUAUUUAUUGUUAAACACCAAAUUUAAGAAUCAGGAACGUCUAGAGGAAGAUAUUGUCAGUGGCCAUUUGGUCGACAUGUACCCUCCUAUAUCUUUGUAUUUAUUUAUGCAAAUAUUGUGGAACAUGAAGUACGAAAAGAUUUUAAUUCGGUCGUUUUUAUACAUGCCGUGUGAUCUGUGUACGGAGGUACUGGAAGUACUUAAGAAAUGUAUAGAAGAACUACCUUUUCAAAGAUCUAUAGACAGUAUAUAUCAGACUAUAUUGACUGUGUAUAUUAAAUUCAUUCGUCUAAAGGAAAUUGGUGUACAGUCUACCGAUCUUGGAGAAAGCAUACAAAAUUUGUUAGUUGGUUUUCAAGAUUUCAUGUUGGUGUUAAUAAAUCCAAAAUUCACUUCAACACCGCCAACGUUACUAAGUUUGAAAGAAUGUAACCAUUAUGGCAUUAUGUUUAAAAAAUUGAUCGUUACGGUAAAAAGGUGUUUCGAAUGCAAAAUGAAAGGAAUCGAUAUCUCCGAAAAUGAUAAAAAAUUAUACGACAUUACAUUCGGAGGAGAACCGUUUCUAAAGUGUGAUGAUGCGCUUAUAGAAAGUACUGUAACGACGUUAAAUCAACAAUUGAUGGAUAUAUUGUCCGACAAAGUAAAGGAUAUCGACUGUAAAAUGUACAUGACUUGGGUAGAACUGUACGACGAAGAAAACAAUAUGAUCUCUUUGCAACGUUCCAUUGGAAACGAGUGUUAUUAUUUCAUAGAACUGCUACAGAACGACGAAGAAUUAUCACAGAACACGCAUUUAAUAGAGUGUCUGCAACAUUUGUCGUCGAAACCAGAUCUCAGCCAAUCAAACUUCGUUUUAAGUUUACAAGAGGUAUGCUGUGCCAUAUGCAGUGGUAAAAAAGAGUUUAUGAAAGAAUUGAUGUGUCGAUACAAAGAAUGGGAUAGGACAAUACUAGAAUUUGUUUGUAAAAACAAGCCUUUGCUAGAUAAAAAUGACUGUUUCUAUCUUUUAGAAUAUCUUACUUUUAUUCUUAAGCAGCCGAUCGAAGAAGAUUUGAAGGAGUUUAGUUACGCUUCGGUUACGAGAAUAUUAUCGCUUCAAAAUAUACCAGAUAUUUACGAAAUAGUAAUGUCGUAUCUGGUGAGAUACGACGGUGAAAAUUAUUUAGAAUCUCUGUUUACAGAAGAAACAUUUAACGAAUUCAUUUCACGGAACUCAAAUUUGCAGAAGUCGACAAAUUUGAAAAUCGUUUUGCUGUUCCUUUUAAAGAAUCUCAGAUUAGUAAUGACUAUUCUUUUAAAGAUUACCAUUGGUCAUUGCCAAUACAGAAACAUCAUGAUCUCCGCCUACGAUAUACCUCUAUUAUCGCCAUUUAUGCAAAUAAAAGAAGAUAACGAUCAAAUACUUUUAAUCAACAUUUUAAGAACAAUUUGUACAGAGAAUACCGAAUGGAAUAGAAAGAAGUUUACGGAGUUCAUAAAAGUUCUAUUAGACAGAUCUAUAAUUAAUGUACACGAUUUGAUAAAUAACGUUUUCAUACCGUAUCUAGAGAAUGGUACGUACAACGAAUCGAACAUAAUCUCUGUUCUUAAUAAUAUUCGCGUAUUACAAGUUAAUUGUACCAAAGAUACGAAUGUCAAAGGCUUGAUAAUAGUUCUUGCAAAGAAAAUGUCAUUUUUUAGAAGAAACAGAAAUAUUUCGAAACAUUUGAUCAGCGAAAUACAUAACGAAAUAACGAGAAUACUGAAAUACUUUUUGGAAAUUAAGAGCUAUAAAAUUCCCGAUUCCACUAAAAAGGAAAUAAUCUAUAGCAUCGAAGCGGUGAUCGAACCAAUAGACAAAAUGCAUUUCGAUUCUCUUUGUUAUUUAAUGCAAAAAGGUGUCAGUGUGAUUGAUAUCGUAAAAGACUAUGAAAGACGGUGUUUUAUCAUAUUAAAUAGAUUGAAAGAGGAUCCUAAGACUUCGGUGGACCUACGAAACUAUUUGUCAGAUUUGAAUUUGCUGAGAGAAGAUUUUUUGCGUCACUUGAUCAUUGGUUCGACCGAGAGCGAGUAUCAUAGAUUAGCCUCGGAACUCACUAUGCUAUAUUGGUUUGCUUUUGGAUGGAGCGAUGAAAUCGAAGCAUACAAUGACUUGUUGCGCAUAACGAUAGAGGCGUGCUGUUUGUCUUUGGAAUAUCCAUCUGUCGGCGGAAACGAUUUGUUUCCAUUCCUGUUUAAAUCUUUCACAGGUUUUUCGAAAACGUUCGUGUCGCUCGAAGGGAUGAAAAACGAAGAGCAAAUAUACCAAUUGUUAAUAACAAAUUUUAAUCAGCUCGAUAGCAGUAUAAAAUAUACAUGUUACGCGGAUCUGUUUACCAGCUGCCUUACACAUUUAAACAACGAUACGCAGAGCGUGUCUGUACACAGCCUGCAAGAUCUCUUAAAUAUUUUUUAUCACUUUUGCGACGAAUGUUUCAAAUUCAGUUACGAAUACGGCGAGAAUACACGCGACAUACCUCAUUCACUAAAAAUCUCCAAUUCCUAUGUAACUUAUGAACUAAUUUCUGCUUGCAUGAAGGUCCCCACAACGGAAGCUUACGAAUGUAUCAGAAGGAUGAAUGAUUUAUUUGUUUCGAAUUAA